AUGGUGGGCGUACCAGCCAGGGCUGUGGCGGCCGCUCUGUGGUGGCUCGCGGUCACCAGAGACAGCGGAGCCUACGGUUCCAAGAAGAAGCCCCUGUUCGAGUACGACGACCACUACGUCAUGCUCAACGACCACCUGCGGAACGACUUCUACAAGCGCGCCCUGGAGCGUGUGGUCCCCCCGUGCGGCGCAGACUGCGUGGUGUUGGACGUCGGCGCGGGCAGCGGGCUGCUGUCCAUGAUGGCGGCGCGGCUCGGCGCGCCCGAGGUGUUGGCCAUCGAG